AUGUAUAGCAGCCAUAAUUACUUGAAAAGAAAAACUCCCGAAACAGGUGUCAAUCGUCAGGAGUUUAUUGCACAUCUCAUUGAGGAGUACUAUACAACAACUAAUGUCGAGGCCCAAGAACAAGUUAGUGCAAAUUUGGCAAAUUUCGCUUAUGAUCCUAUAAAUUGGGAUUAUUUGAAAUCAGCAGAAGGUUUAAAAUUGUUCGUCGAACUUCUACAAACUCCUAAUGAGAACUUGCAAUUAUACGGUAUAGCCGGAUUGUGUAACAUAUGUUUGGAUAAACAAAGUCAUGAUUUUAUAUUACAAAAAGCGCAUUUAAAGUUCAUACAAACUUUAUUAGUGAAAACGGAAAAUCUUGAGAUUACACUAAAUAUUUUAACGCUUAUUUAUCAGCUUUUAACUUCCUUGGAUGCUGGUUAUGACAAAGCUUUUAUUCUAACUAUAGAUAUUCUGAAGAAAAUUAAGUUUUAUUGCCACUCUGUUAAAGACCAGAGAAUAAUUAACAUUUCAACUUUAAUAUUGGAAGAUUUUGCUCAAAGGCAUGAGUUUGUUGAAUUAAAAGAUGUUGCCACGCGUCUUCUAUCCAGUAAAAAGAUGCCACCUGCUGCUCCUUAUCCGGAAGUUAAGGUCAUUAAACGAUUUACACAAAUCGAAUUGGAUCAGUUUUCUCAACUGACUGGAGAUAAGAAUAUUGUGCACUCGUCUUCAUUACCUAUUGAGGAGCGCCGAGUUCAUGGGGCCUUUUUAAAUGCAAUCGUGGCAGGCAUAAUUGGUACAAAAUUUCCUGGGCCGGGUACUAUUGUUUUGGAGCAGAGAUUUGCCUUUCUCAAACCUUGCCGCCUAGAAACUGAUACGGAAAUAUGUAUACGCUUAUUGAAGGCACGUAAAAUCUCUUUAAUUAGUUACGAAUGUAUGCAAAAUCAACGUGUGAUAUUUCAAGGUGAAGCUAAACUUUUAUUAACCGCCAUAAAUGAAUAAAAAUGCUUUUAAAACUU